AUGGGGGAGAUAACUUACGAGGCCUCCAAAGCUGGAGAAGCUGGCUUGCGUACCGAGGAGGCUCUGACCAGGUCAUCGUCGUCUUCGCUGUCCGAUCAGAGGGCCGCCUUCCUAUCGACUUUCUCGGCCGAAGAAGACCGCCGGAUCAUGCGAAAAGUCGACAAGAGGUUCCUGUUGCUCAUUGGAUUGAUGUAUAUGCUCAAGAAUGUGGACUACACCAAUGCUGCGACAGUCAAGGUGCUACAGGUCGGCGAGCCUCGUAAUAUAUUGAAAGAGCUUCACAUGACGCCGGACGAGUACAAUUGGGUACAAUCAAUAUACUUUAUCAGUUAUAUCGUCUUCGAAGUCCCUAGCAACUUACUGCUGAAGAAAAUGACACCAAGGCACUGGCAGUCUCGGAUCAUUGGAACCUGGGGAGUUGUGCUCGCCACCCAUGCUGCAGUCACGAACAAGCACGGCUUGUAUACCGCUCGUUUCUUCCUCGGAAUGAUGGAGGCUGGAUUGUUUCCCGGUCUUGCAGCUCAGCUCUGUUCUUGGUAUCGUAGUGACGAGAUGGGCAAGCCGAUCAUGUGGAUGUUUGGCUUUCAGAAUUGCGCUGGAGUCGUUGGUAGCUUGAUCGCGUACGGAGUUUCGUACAUGAAUGGUCUGGGUGGGUUGAGUGGAUGGCAAUGGGUAUACCUUCUCGAAGGCCUGUUCACCAUCCUCUUCGCCGGUGUCGUCUUCCUCGUCCUUCCCGAUUACCCCAAAUCCAAGCGUUCCGCGAAAUGGUUGACUCCGCGAGAGCAAGAAUACAUCGAGAUGCGACUUACAGAAAAUGCUCCACGCACGGAGGACCCUGCUUUUAGCAAGAAAGAAGUACUUGCUUCUUUGAAGAAUCCUCGGACGUAUGCGUUCUGUCUGUCUCAGAUUCUCAUGAACCUGGGUGGAUACGGCCUGCAAUGGCAAUUGCCGACAGUCACCACCGGCCUUGGAUUUGCAGGACUCCCUCGGAACCAGUUGCUCAACAUCCCUCCGGCAGCAGCAAGCGUCUUGUCGAUCAUAUUUGCCGGCUGGUUUCUCAGUCGGGCGUACAUGACACGACCUGCAUUCAUCAUGAUCAUUUGUGCUGGGGCACUGGCAUUUUUCCUCGUCCUCGUCACCGACGUCAGCCGCACUGCGACGUACAUUGCUUGUAUCUUUGGCACCAUGUUCUAUUCAGUGUAUUUCAUACCAUUCUGGGCUUGGCGCUCUGCAACUCUGGAAGGCUCAACCGGCACGGCGUUUACACUCGCAUUCCAAUCCUGCAUCGGUCAAGUUGGUGGGGUUGUUGGACCACAGUUGUUCAGACAAAAAUAUGCACACAACGGAUACAAGGUUUCCUUUGGCAUCUGUGCAGGAGCUAUUGGUGGGAGUUGGCUUGCCAGUGCCUGGACAUGGUAUCUCACUCGGAAGAACGAGAGCGACGUUCGCCGGGUGCGAAGACUCAGGAUCAAAGCCAAAGAGGAGGGUGGCGUCUGGGCUGGCGAGGACGUGAAGCUUCGGAAUGGCCAGCAAGUGUAA